GCUAUUUCGGUCUUCUUUGUUUAGGCACAUGAACCGGGCGGCCCAGCUCUUAAGCUGUCGACCCACCGAAUCCUGCUCCAUGGCUUCCCAACGCGUGGUGACUGCAGGGGCAUUUGGAAGGGGUUCCCAGAGGGUUCCCAUUGUCCACCUACUUGGAGUCUAAGAAAAAACCUCUUGAACCUUUGGCAACGGCUGGUGGAUGAGGCACGAUGAGGCCCUUGGACGGUUUUGGAUGGUUGUGGGUGUAUGAUGAAGCACGAUGAAUGAUUAACGAUGGAUGGAUGAGAUGUCGUCAUCCUGGACCUGAACUUCACACCUGGGGAGCCCAAGGGUCUUCCAGCUGGUUCCGGUCGCGGUCCCGGAGCUGGUGGAACUGGAGGAGUCUGCGGCCCCGUCUGCGGACAGUUCAGCGUGCCACAUGGGGGCUCCCUUGGGCUGCUGCUGGGGUGCUUUGUGGAGGCGGCCUCCACGGGCUCCGCUCGGCGGGCGCGGCCGACGCGGAGGUCUUCCAGAGCCCAGGCCAAAUGCUGCGCUCCCGGAGGCAGUUGCGGCGCCAAAGGCUGUCGGAGCGGUUGCAGCUGCGAUGGCAGCUGAGCAGCUGUUGCGGACCCGGCCGCCUGGCCCGCUUGGGUCGCUUCGAGCGCUUCGCUCCUGAGAACUUCCGGAUCCAUUUCUUGGCUUCGAGCCACGGCACCGACCGAGCGUGGCAAGUCUCGGAGGUGCUGUCGGUCUUUCAGCAGAUUUCCGCAGCGGCAAAGAGGCAGCUUCCGACCUUCUGCUGCUCGGCCGGCCGCUGUGAGGUCCAAGUCCUUAGGGGAUCAGCGACUCGUCCGCAGUCUCCACCGGGUGACGUGGACCUCCUCGUUUGCAUGGACGAGACGUCUGCCGCGGAAAGGGCAGAGGAGGUCCAGCUAGGGGAGAUCUGUUGCUUAGCCGACUUCCUGGAUGCGUGUCCAAUCGAGGAGCAGCUGACGCAACUGGAUCACCUGGUGGAGAUGGAUCGUGUUCACUGGCAUUCCUUACAGCCAGAGCUCCUCGCGCGCGUGAGGUCGCUGGUGGAUUGGGACGAAGACCCCGAGGAUUUGCUGCAAACGGCUCAAGCCUUGGCGGCUGCAGGCCUCCAUCGUUUCUUGAUUUCACAGUUCCCCGAGCAUUUGAAGGAGCUGCAGCUGCCCUGCCGUCCAAGACCUUUUGCCUUUGGCUUGAGCUAAUGAGGUGCGCCUGCCUUCCCGCUGGGGCAUACGCGGCGCAACUCAGGGGAUCAGCUAGUGGUUCAGGUUGUUUCUCUUGUGCUGGGUCUGGCACCUGGCUAAAUUUUUAUGCGAAC